CGGCUCCGCUCCCCCGUGGUCUAUCCACCAGAGACGUGUUCGGGAUGCUCGUCUGACAUCAUGACCGCUGUCGAGUGCGGUGGCUACGGUUCCAGCUCCCCUUGGGCGGCGAGCCUCUGCGGGGCUGCCGACUUAGAAGCAUGGGGAAGGAAACUCUAUCCUGGUUCGCGGAUGUUCCUGCAGGACACCUUACAUCAGCCGAGGGGACCAGUAUCAGCUCUAAAGGAAGAACCUUUACCUCCGAGAACAUGGCCAGUCGACAAUUCAAGUGUUGGCGUUGGCCGGGCUCAUUUCGAAAAACAGCCUCCUAGUAAUCUAAGGAAAUCGAACUUCUUCCACUUCGUAAUCGCCCUUUAUGACCGGGCGGGCCAACCGAUCGAAAUCGAAAGGACGGCCUUCAUCGGCUUUAUCGAAAAAGAUCAGGAGAACGAAACUCAAAAAACGAACAACGGUAUCCAGUACAGGUUACAGCUCCUUUACGCCAACGGUAUCCGGCAGGAGCAGGAUAUAUUCGUGAGGUUAAUCGACUCCGUCACGAAACAGGCGAUUAUCUAUGAAGGGCAGGAUAAAAACCCGGAAAUGUGCAGGGUUCUGCUCACACACGAAGUCAUGUGCAGCCGAUGUUGUGAUAAAAAAAGCUGCGGCAACAGGAACGAGACACCCUCUGACCCGGUGAUUAUAGAUAGGUUUUUCCUUAAAUUUUUUCUCAAGUGCAAUCAAAAUUGCUUGAAAAACGCUGGGAACCCGCGAGACAUGAGAAGGUUUCAGGUUGUUAUAUCGACGUUGGUGAACGUCGAAGGACCCCUGCUCGCCGUCUCCGACAACAUGUUCGUCCAUAACAACUCCAAGCACGGACGGAGGGCAAAAAGAAUUGACCCCUCCGAUGGUGAGUCAAGUCUAUACCCACCACUGCCUGUCGCUACACCAUGUAUAAAAGCAAUAUCGCCGAGCGAGGGCUGGACAAACGGAGGCUCGACGGUCAUUAUAAUCGGAGACAAUUUCUUCGACGGUCUCCAAGUCGUGUUCGGCACAAUGCUCGUGUGGAGCGAGCUGAUAACAUCUCACGCCAUCAGAGUUCAAACGCCCCCGAGGCACAUACCGGGCGUCGUUGAGGUCACGCUGUCCUACAAAAGUAAACAGUUUUGCAAAGGGGCUCCAGGACGAUUUGUUUAUGUUUCUUUGAACGAGCCGACGAUCGAUUACGGGUUUCAGAGGUUACAGAAGCUCAUACCCAGGCAUCCAGGCGACCCGGAAAAACUGCCCAAGGAAAUCAUACUGAAAAGGGCUGCAGAUCUGGCGGAGGCGUUGUACUCGAUGCCCAGGAACAACCAGCUGGGCGCGCCUCGUACACCGCCCCCGAACAACAACUCUUCGUUCAACUCGUACUCCGGUCAGCUUGCUGUGACGGUGCACGAGAACAACGGUCAGUGGACCGAAGAAGAGUACGGAAGGGGUCAGGCCGGUAGUGUCUCCCCUCGUGGAUAUGGCUCUAGCACGUCCACGCCCCAUUCUAGCAACGGGGGCUACAACAGCGCACCGUCGGCCGGGGGCAGCUAUCCCCCGGCCACGCAGCCUUCCAACACCCCGGCGGCGAUAUUCAACUCCACAUCCAGUGAGUCACCCAUAACACAUUUAACGACAUCCGGAUAUAUAUAAUCGGGAGUUGGAGGCAUGGUCUCGUCACCCUUUGCGACUAUGAACCACUUCGCCCUGCCGACGUGCAAUUCGCAGAGCUACAGCCCGAUCGUCGGGCCGACUUCCAAGUGAAUUAUACCCUCUGUAUACGGAUCAAAAAUAAUUGUAUAUGGUGUAUAAAAUUUGAAAAUCGAAUUUAAUUGUACAGUGUAAACAACUCAUAGUUGUAAAAUUUCAAUCUAUGUAUAGUUAUUACAUUUCUAGUCAUCCUUUCAUACCUCACUAUGAAAUAAAAAAUUAAACCUUCAAACAAACAAAGAAAUACACAAGAGAAGAAAGAAAAAUAUAAAAGUAUAAGGAAAGGAAAUAGCUUAACAACGAAACCAAUAUGUAGAAGGAACCCUUUAUAAGUUUCUAUUUAUAAUUUUUAUAUUUAAAAAAAUAGUAUAUUAUAGGAAAUAUUAACAGAGUGAAUGUAUUGAAUUUUAUAUUCAAUUUUUUAAGUGUUUUUAUUUUUUGUUUUUAACUAUAAAGUGCCAUCGAACGUUACCUUUUAAUUAGUUGGAUUUUCUUUUUCAUAUUUUGUCUGUAUUUUAUUCUGUCGAUUUGUAUAAAUUGUUAAAUUUUGUUACAGUUUUGUACAUAUACGAGGCACAUGCAAUAUCAGAUUGAAAAAUGUCCAUACGAAUUGUAAAUAUCAAAAUUAUACAUAUCUUAUAUCAGACUGGGCCUGGGAUAACGGCCUGUUGGUGUACAUUACAGUAAUGUAUAUAAGUUUCGUUGUUAGUUUACUGUACUUGUGCAAAAGAAUAAUAAAAAUUUCUUUUUUUA